AACCUCAAAAAUUCCUUCGAACUGUCAAAAAAUGUGUUUGUUUGUCUUCCAAUAAUAGUGAAAAUUGAAUUUUCUGAUUAGAAAAAACUACCAAAAGUACAAAUAAAUGUUAAUAAAAGUUCCUUUCUAACUGAAGAACAUUCCGUAGUAUUAAAUCAAGGAAAUCAAGUGAAUUUUCAUUGAGAACAAAAAUCUAUUUGUAAUGCAAAAGGAUAAUUAUGGCCGAGGAGAAGGAUUGGCACAUGUGCCAGACACAGAAUAUGGUUUUGAGUCAGUGGGAACUGCUGGAUCCCACACCGAAUAUUUAUGAGCUAUGCAGGGAAUUUGAUAAGCGCUUCUUUGAAAAUAUGCUCGCACUAAGGAGUGUCCAGGUACGGUGGUCUCACAAACUCCGUGCUGAAGUUGCUGGCCAGUGUUCAUACCAUGGACACUUCCGAAGAUACAAAACAGCAACAAUAACACUGAGUGUGCCCCUCUUAAAGUACCGCCCCAGGAAGGAUCUCAUUAGGACGUUGCUGCACGAAAUGAUUCAUGCAUAUUGCUACAUAAAGGGUAUCUGGACAGGUGAUGGGCAUCAGGGAGGAUUCAUCACGAUGAUGAAUCACAUCAAUGAAAGAGCUGGAACGACUAUUUCCGUCUAUCAUGAAUAUCAUGCUGAAUUUUUCUACACACGGAGACACGUCUGGCGAUGCAGUGGCCCCUGUCGCGAUAUGGGGCCCUAUUAUGGAUACGUGGGACGGCAUAGAGCACGUCCAAUACCGAGAAAUCACUCCCAAGGGGGACACCCUGUGUGCAGGGGGCGAUAUAUUAAGAUAAAAGGUUCCGGAGUUUCUCGCAAAUACUUCUGCGCGCCACCUCUUCAGGAUCUCAUGAAUGACACCCUUGAUGAGGAUCUGCUGAAUGUGGCCAAUUCCGUGGAGUCAAUGUGGGGAGAUCAGUCGAUUAUUGAUGAUUUCUUGGGGCCAGAUACAUUAAUGGAGGAUGCUUUCAAAGAUCGAGACAGUUCAAAAAAUACAUUGCUUUUGGAAGAGGUAGAAAAACCACCAGCAGACACGACAACGACUUCAACAGCUGAUGCCCUGGAUAAGGCAAUAAUUGAGGAAUUUCUGGGGCAAGACACCCUAAUGAAGUCUUAUCAGUAACAAAACUAAUACAAAACUUUCUGAGUAAUAUUUAUUCAAACCCAAAAAAAAAAAUGGAGCAACAAAGAGUGAAAAUUAUUUAUUUACAAAUCAUUAAAAAAAAUUUAUUUUUUACCCCAAAAAAAAA